AUGGGGAAGAAGUCCCGGGCGGUACCCGGCCGUAGGCCUAUCCUGCAGCUCUCUCCGCCAGGUCCGCGGAGUAGCACGCCGGGCCGGGACCCAGAGCCGGAACCCGACACCGAGCCGGACUCGGCGGCAGCGGCGGCGCCCAGCCAGCCAGCCUCGGCGGCGCCGACGACGACGACCGCGGUCACUGCCGCCGCGGCCCCGGACGACUCACCUUCAGAAGAUGAACAGGAGGUGGUGGUGGAGGUUCCUAGAGUUCAGAAUCCUCCCAAACCAGUCAUGACCACCAGGCCCACUGCCGUUAAAGCAACAGGAGGUCUGUGCUUACUUGGUGCAUACGCUGACAGUGAUGAUGAAGAGAGUGAUGUUUCAGAAAAACCAGCACAGUCUAAGGAAGCAAAUGGAAACCAGUCAACUGAUAUUGAUAGUACAUUGGCCAACUUCCUAGCGGAGAUUGAUGCUAUAACAGCUCCUCAGCCUGUAGCUCCUGUAGGAGCUUCUGCUCCACCUCCAACUCCACCUCGGCCAGAGCCAAAGGAAUCAACAUCUGCCCUUUCUUCCACUACCCCAAAUGGGACAGACUCAACCCAGACUUCAGGGUGGCAGUAUGAUACUCAGUGUUCACUGGCAGGAGUUGGAAUUGAGAUGGGAGAUUGGCAGGAGGUCUGGGAUGAGAACACAGGUUGCUAUUAUUAUUGGAACACACAAACAAAUGAAGUGACUUGGGAAUUACCCCAGUAUCUUGCUACCCAGGUGCAGGGAUUACAACAUUACCAGCCCAGUUCCGUAACAGGUGCUGAAGCUAGUUUUGUGGUAAAUACAGACAUGUAUGCUAAGGAGAAAAAUAUUUCAGUUUCCAGUAGUAAAAGUGCACCAGUCAUAGCCAAGCGAGAAGUUAAAAAGGAAGUGAAUGAAGGAAUUCAAGCUCUCUCAAAUAAUGAGGAGGAGAAGAAAGGGGUGGCAGCAUCACUGCUUGCUCCUUUAUUGCCUGAGGGAAUAAAAGAGGAAGAAGAGAGAUGGAGAAGAAAAGUAAUUUGUAAAGAAGUAGAGCCAGUUUCAGAAGAGAAGGAAACAAGUACAACAGAAGAAGCAACAACAGUAAAGCCACAAGAAAGUCUGUUGGACGGUGUGGAAGACCCUACUCAGGAGGAUGUUUGCAGUGUUGUUCAGUCUGGAGAAAGUGAAGAGGAAGAAGAACAAGAUACCCUGGAGCUGGAGCUGGUUUUGGAAAGGAAAAAAGCAGAGCUGCGAGCCUUGGAGGAAGGAGAUGGUAGUGUGUCAGGGUCUAGUCCGUGUUCUGAUAUCAGCCAGCCAGCAUCUCAAGAUGGAAUGCGUAGACUUAUGUCUAAAAGAGGAAAAUGGAAGAUGUUUGUUCGAGCUACCAGUCCAGAAUCUACCAGCCGGAGUUCUAGCAAAACUGGACGAGAGACUCCAGAAAAUGGAGAAAGUGCAGUUGGUGCUGAAAAUUCAGAAAAAGUAGAUGAAAAUUCGGACAAAGAGAUGGAAGUAGAAGAAUCUCCAGAAAAGAUUAAAGUACAGACAGCACCCAAAGUAGAAGAACAGGACUUGAAAUUUCAGAUUGGAGAACUGGCAAAUACCCUGACAAGUAAAUUUGAAUUCUUAGGCAUUAAUAGGCAGUCCAUCUCCAACUUUCAUGUGCUGCUUUUACAGACUGAGACACGGAUUGCAGACUGGCGGGAAGGGGCUCUUAAUGGAAACUACCUUAAACGAAAACUUCAGGAUGCAGCAGAACAACUAAAACAGUAUGAAAUAAACGCCACUCCUAAAGGCUGGUCCUGCCACUGGGACAGGGAUCAUAGACGAUAUUUCUAUGUAAACGAACAGUCGGGCGAGUCUCAGUGGGAGUUCCCAGAUGGUGAGGAGGAAGAGGAAGAAAGCCAAGCACAAGAAAGUAGAGAUGAGACUCUUCCUAAACAGACCUUGAAAGACAAAACUGGCGCUGACUCAAAUUCUACAGACUCUUCCGAGAAUUCCACAGGUUCUCUUUGUAAAGAGUCCUUUUCUGGCCAAGUUUCUUCUUCAUCACUCAUGCCACUUACUCCAUUCUGGACCCUUCUUCAGUCAAAUGUGCCUGUGCUUCAACCUCCAUUACCUUUGGAAAUGCCACCGCCUCCGCCUCCACCUCCAGAAUCCCCGCCUCCCCCUCCCCCUCCUCCUCCUCCUGCAGAAGAUGGUGAGAUCCAGGAGGUCGAGAUGGAGGAUGAAGGAAGUGAGGAGCCUCCUGCUCCAGGAACGGAGGAGGAUACUCCAUUGAAACCUUCAGCACAAACGACAGUUGUAACUAGCCAGAGUUCAGCUGACUGUACCAUCUCUAGUUCUCCUUCCACUAAAGCAAUAAAGAGAAAAGCUACAGAAAUUAGUACUGCAGCUGUUCAGAGAUCAGCUACCAUUGGUAGUUCUCCGGUCCUCUACAGCCAAUCAGCUGUAGCUACAGGUCACCAGGCAACAGGGAUUGGACACCAGGCACUAUCAGUUAGCCAUCCAGCAACAGGAAUGGGUCAUCAGGCCAGAGGAAUGAACCUACAGUCCAAUUACUUAGGACUGGCAUCAGCUCCUGCAAUUAUGAGCUAUGCUGAGUGUUCUGUCCCAGUGGCAGUGACUGCUCCCACGUUGCAGCCAGUCCAGGCCCGCGGCGCUGUGCCCGCCACUGCCCUUAUAGAGCCGCCGCCACCGCCUCCUCCUCCUCCUCCUCCUCCCCCACCACCACCACCACCACCGGCUCCCAAAAUGCCAGCGCCUGAGAAGACAAAAAAAGGAAAGAAAGAUAAGGCAAAGAAGAGUAAAACCAAAAUGCCAUCUCUGGUAAAGAAGUGGCAGAGUAUCCAACGUGAGUUAGAUGAAGAGGAGAACUCUAGUUCCAGUGAAGAGGACCGAGAAUCAACCGCACAGAAGCGAAUUGAAGAGUGGAAACAGCAGCAGCUGGUCAGUGGCAUGGCAGAGAGAAAUGCUAAUUUUGAAGCCCUUCCUGAAGAUUGGCGAGCAAGACUGAAGAGAAGAAAAAUGGCUCCAAACACAUAG